CAAUAAGGGAACAACACAAUCCGCACGAUUCUCUCCGCUUACAGUGUUAAGCAGUAGUGCUCCUUCUCGACUUCUUCUUUAUAAGUGGCUGCGCAAUGAGUGGACGAUCUCCCCCUUUAGGUGGCAACCUGAUGAUCGCUUCCGUCUUGGCCAUUCUAAGUUACAUCCCGUUCGAGAUUGUGGCCAAGAUUUCGCUCGUGUUUUGUGUUUGGAUGUUUGUUGUCGACCCCAUUCCGCCGUUUUCUCGACUGCUCGGUGUCGGGACAACGCUUGUCGUCGCACUGCUCUCCAAGGCACACCGACAUUGGCAUAAAGAAGCAAACCGAACGGACAACGAUAAAACGGACAAGCACGGGGUGAGAAUACUGACGGGAGCCAAGGAAGACUAUGUCAUGAUUGAAAAGCACGAGACGUCUUCUUCGGACGAGAAAAUGAGCUCGCCUGUAGACGAUUCCGCGGAUACAUUGCAUCGCAGUCUCCGGCGGACCAAAAACAAAGAUGAAUAA